AUGGGUCCAGACAUCAUACGGGAAUUUUUGCUGCUGCAGCAACAGCAAAACGUCUCCAGUACAACUGUUACACGACUAGAUGUUGUGCACCUCCAGGAACUCCUGAACACAAAGCUGCUGGAGAGGCAGGCCAAAGAAACAGGCAUCUGCCCUCUCCGCAGGGAGCUCUAUUCCCAGUGCUUAGAUGAGCUCAUUCGACAGGUGACCAUCGAAUGUGAUGAGAGGGGUCUGCUGCUGUCGCGGCUCAAAGAUGAGAUUGAAUUAUCACUUUCGGCCUACCAGACACUGUAUGAAACCGGUGUGGCUUCUGGCAUGAGGAAAUUCCUGCAGGCUGAGCAGGGCAAGGGUGACAUGGAGAAAAGGCUUUCUGAUCUGGAGAAUGAGUCACACAACCUGAGGAAGGAAUUGGACAAAGCGAAAGCAAAAUGUGAUGAGAUUGAAAAGAACGCAAACCAAAAGCUACAGGUGGAGAACGAGAGGCUCACAGGGGAGAUAGAGUCCCUCAAGAGAGCCAAUGAGCAACUUAAGAUCCAGCUGCAAGGGAUCAAACCGAAGAAUCUACUACAAGACGACUAAAGCAUUGAAGUUAUAAUUUCCCAGCACAUAAUGAUCCUGUACCCUGAACCAUCCCUUAGUUAUGCUGCUCUAUGCAUAGACUGCUGAGGGAACUGGGUUAGGGUCUCUGUAUGUCUCUCUACCUCUGGACUCUUUCCUCUCGCUCUCUGUGUCCUCAUUCUGGUUCAGGUAUCUCUAUCUGACCCUCU